AAAAACCUGGUGGAGGCAGGAGGUGUCGACAACCCAGCAUCACCUGAGGAAUUGGAAGGUGAUGUUGUGGGUGGUGGCGUCGUUGCUGACACUGGUGGAAGAUGUGUUUGCUGAGGAGGACAAUAAAGAGGCUCAGUCAGACAUCCCGCGUGUCCUCAGGCAGCCCCCCUGGCCUCCUGCAGAGGACCUGGGACAAGACGGCAGUAUCCACACACCCUGGCCCGGUGCCUUUGGAGAGUGGUCACUGAUACAGGAAGAGGAAAUUCACCAGGGCAGAUGGCGGCGCUCCUCCCGAGACCCAAACCCGACCAGAACAUCAAGGAGGAACCGCAAGAAGACCAAGAGCACCCGCGAUUGCCAUUUGGAGAGAAAGGAGAUGCGGGUGCGGGAUCUUGGCCUUGGCUAUGACUCGGAUGAGAUAGUCCUCUUUAAGUACUGUGUUGGCACGUGCCACAGCUCCCGCAGGAACUAUGACUUGGCCCUCAAGACUUUGAUGGACACUGGGAGCAUCUCCACCAAAAAGGUCAGUAGUCACCCCUGCUGUCGACCGACCCGCUAUGAGACUGUGUCCUUCAUGGACACCCAGACUACCUGGCAGACUAUUAAGUGGCUCUCGGCAGCCAACUGUAGCUGUUUGGGCUGACAGCAAAGACUGUCUAUCUGCAAUGCAUCAACAGAGAAGAGCUCCUGUGUGAAAGAGGAAGAUGUAUGAGGCCUGGCGUUGGACAUGGGUGACUUCAUGUGGUGGCGUGGGGCUGACAUGUCCUUCAUGUGGUGGCGUGGGCCUGACAUAGUAUCCAUAGUGCUAUGGCCAAGGACUUCCCUCCACUCAAAGCUUCUGUCUGAUGAGCUCUUGGUCGUGGAGGUUCAGAGCCUGAUUCCACCAGCAGCACAUCUCAAUGUCUGCCUCCAGACUGGAAGGUUUGUUUAAUUGCCAGCAGCAAUAAGCACAAAGGAGGAAACUACCUGCUUAUCAAACAUUGAGGGCAUAAACACCACCAGCAUUAAAUUCAGCAACUUUAGCAUUCAGAGACUAAAGAACUGAUGAAACUAAUCAAAAAUUGCUUUGUGAACAAUGAUUUGUAUACACAAAUUAUUCAUUCAAGGCAAGGUUAUGAAUUCCUUUCCAAGUUUCAUUUUGUUUAGCCUUGAUACGCCAAACUCUACAGAGAAAAAACUAGUCAAAGUGUCAGUGAUACUGAUUUCCAUUUAAAAACAUUAUUUAUCCUAAUAAUGACACAAAAAAGAUCUUUUCAGUUACUUUUCAUGUCGCAAUACAACAACCCAGUCACGGUAACAGUCCAACUAGUUGCCAUUAUCAUGGAAACUUGCAGAUACAUUUAUGCUCAAAUACAUUUCAAAUUCUAAGUUGGUUGCUGUAUGUUUUGAAAUCUGAUUCAGCUUCAAAGGUCUGCAUGCAAGCGAUGGCAGACAUUUUAACUUUGACAAUUCUGUGCCGUUAGCCUGCUGACUACGCCUGCUCGCUAUCAAAGCCAAAGGUUUAAAUUUAAUAAUCACUGUUUCAAAAAAGUAACAGAACUAGACUAUUCAAUUUUUUUUUACAUUACAUCCACAGCACAGCAUUAUUAAAAUGAUUAAAUGCCAGUUCAUCCACUGACUCAAAUACAAACUCUCAUUUAAAACAUCAAGACGGUCUGAACCAACAAAAAACAAAGCUCAACCUGUUUAAAGACCAAAGAAAUAUGAUGUGAAGACAUGUUAAUAGGAACGUAGAUGUUCAUAGAAAUAUUGUAGAGUAUUUGUUUUGUUUUUUGUUUUUCGGAAAUUCUGUGGUUUUUAUUAGACUAGGAUUAGGACUAGGAUUUGCUUUCACCACGUGGGACAAUCCUACCUUCUGUUCCAGGGCAGUUCAACUCAAUAACUACUAUCUGGUGGGGGAAAAAAAUUCAAGUAACUGUUUGUUUUUUUAUUCGUACACGCACGCUCCCACACACACACACACACACACACACACACACACACUCUCUCUUUCUCAAAGCCCAACCAACGUGCUCUCACUAAGUGGUUACAUAAUAGUGGUUAUAAAGUUGAUUGUCACCCAGGUUUUAGGAUUACAAGAGUGCAAACGGUUACAUGGACCAGUCUACUGGCAGCAGAGCAACGUAUUUUACAAACAAAGGGCAAAGUGUAAUAUUUGACAAAUCCAAAGUAGUGAAAUAAUCCAGACGAAAAGCAACAGUUGCAGCUGUGAAUGUGUCAACUAACCUAAUGCCUCAUAACAAGAGCACAUGUAGAUCUGAGUAUAUUAUCAUUUUUGUAUUCGAAUGAAAUCAUUAGGGAAACCCAAAGGGUUUUGCUUAUCUCAUUUUGCCCUCUCACGUUUCAAGCUCAACAGGAUCUUCUAUAGAUGGUGAUGCCAUUUUCCAAAAUAAUCAAUUAGUCACUAGGUUUUGCUUUUAUACAGCGUAAAGUUACCAUGGCGAUGUAUCUCGAUAAGAAGUGAACCACCAGUGUAACCCUGAAAACCUAGGGUCAAACCUGAAGGUAGUAUGUCGCUAACCGCUAACUGUGCUUCUUUGUACAGGCCUCUGGAUACUCGUUUCAGCACAGCUUGUUUACAACUCCGUCAACAGGCUCUAGUAGGAUGCCAUCACAAAUAUAGUCAUGAGCCAAACAUCACGCUGAGUGACAGCUUUUCACAACCUGGGCUAUUUUCAGAUCGGCUGUGACAUGAUACCACUCAGCCGAGCUGUAGUUUAAACAACACAAGAGUGUGAAAUCAGUUUACAUGACAUGUCUAGAGCUUCUGUAACACUACUGUACAGCAGAUUACAGCUGCAGAUAUGUUUCUUAAACAGGUUUGCAAAGAAUUAUUUAGACUGUGACAUCCCACACACAGAACCGACAUCUAGCGGACCGUGAGGAAAUAUUCUAGCACUGGUUUAAAAUCGCUUACUUCCCCUUUAACAUAUAGAUUAUAGUAAUAAUAACCCCCAAUACAUUGAUUGAGUGUAUUUCAAGUGCAAAGAACAGGAAAUCACCCCUCACUGUCUUCCCACCCAGCAUCAGUGUCAGUUGUGUUGCUGGCCAGGUCUCUGUAGAGGGCUUACUGGAAAUGACCUCAGCUUUAGAUGUUUGUGUGUGUUUGUCUUUGCAAACAGAAAUUGCUUAACAAAAAUGUGUCCAUGAAACAUGAAUUACCCUUUUUUAACAUUUUUCAUUAACAAUUUGCCACUGAAAUUAUAAUUAAAUAUUAACAUUAUAAUAUCAUAUGCAUUUUAUUACAUCUUACAGUAUCUGCAGUUAUAAUAUUGUGUGCAUUCUUUUUUAUGCAUUUUUGCAUCACCAUAAUGGAUUGGUUAUACACAUAGCAAUUACAUUUUUACAGUUUUGUUUCACCUUGGUCCACCCCUCUGUACCGCACGUAUAUGAGACGUUUAUGAGUGGAAGCACUUUCCAGCCCUUGCACAACUGACCAUCAAUUUAAGAAAAGAUUUGGACCCUAAACAUUGUAGAGUUUUCAACUGAGUAUUCAGUUUAAAUGCGGGAAUAUACACCCAAACCACCCAACUAAACAUUGUUGCAGACCAGACGUCAUGCAGACCCCCCUAUGUCACUCCCUGCUGGCAGCAGCCUCACCCAGCAGGGCAAUGUGCUGCCACACUGCAAAAACUGCUCAGACGUAGCUGGAAGAACAUGGCAAAGAGCCCAAAGCUUUGACCGGGUCUCCAAACUCCCCUAAAUCCCAAUUCAACCAAGCACAUAAGAUACAUAAAGAAGUUAUAUCCAUAGAGGGCCCCAGCCACAAAACCCACAGGACCCAAAGAACCCACUACCAAUGUCCCAACACCACAGGACAACAGAGCUGUUAUGUCAGCAUGAGGGGGACCUCCACAACGAUAGGCAGGUGGUUUUGAAGGUUUGGCUGAUCGGUGUAUGUUAUUAAUGUCUAAUACAGUUUUCAUUCAUGCUUUUUGUGUCCAGCUACAUUGCAAACUAGUCUAAAAAUAUCCAAGUGAUAACAUUAGCCUGUUUCCGACUUUGUGUCUUGGCACAGUCUCUCUGUGAAAAGUAUGUUUCCACAUGUAACACUGGGAUAACAAAGUACCUCCACACAUUUUUAUUACUACAGUUGGUUUUAUUACUACCGUUGGUUCUGUCUCACAUUAUUCAGCUCUGAAAGACUUCCAACUUUUUUUUUUUUUGUUAUUGAAGAUUAUCUGAAGAAUGCUCACAGCCAAGCCCACACAUUAUCUAACAUUUGCUUUCAAUUACACCACUCCAUGUUUUUAUGACAUGAGAAAAUAGAGGUUGUAGCAUCUAGAAACCAAACAGAAACCAUCAAUACAGAUCUAACCAAAACCUCACUGGACCAGCUCAUUGUAAUUAGUAUGUUGUAGAGUCAGAGUAUGAUUAUUCUUUCAAAUUAAACAAAAUAAUAACUUCUUAGGUAAACGCUAAGCAGGGAAGCAGGGUGCUUGUCGGAAUUUAGCUCACAGCUUGGCUAACAAAUUAAACCAACCAUUGUUGCAACUAAUAUAUAAUACAACAUAUAAAAAGACAGCUGAUUGGAUGUUGUAUAGUUUCACCUUUGACGUAGCUAGCCUACCUGUGUGAUUGGACAACGGGUGCUUGUCAUUUAUCUCUGUCCCUUCAAGAAUAAGAUAUGAGAGGAGAGAAAUAAAAACCACUGAGCUGUUAGGGUUAGCUAUUCGAAACACAGCAUCUGUUUCUGAUGAUACAGCUGGAUUGGCCAUCAGUCUGCAGUUGUGUACACCUCAGAGUGUGUAUUUGCAAAGAUAAUGGUAUAUGUUUUCCACAUAAUAAUGAGGUUGCACAGUUGCUGCUGCUUGACAAGCAUCUGCUCAUUCAUUAAAAACUUUUUUUUUCUUUUGAUAUUGUGAGCAGAUCAUUCCAACCACAGUCUGUAAAGUUACUGUUCAGCCUGUGGAAGAUUUAAGGUACCUAAAUUGAAACAAACCAAACAAAAAAUAACAUGAAUCAAAUAAGAUAUGCAUUUCCUUGUUCUUGCUUUGUACAAGCAGCUUGUGUAACCAAUGACAGUGUCUGCUCGUGGCUGUGUCCCUGAGCUGUGGUUGGAAAGGCCUGGCUGAUGCAAAGCUUUUUUUUUUUUUUUUAAACUAGACUGUCUGGACUGUUUAA